CCUUCCAUAUAUAUACUACUUGUACUACUGCAGCAGAGCACUUAGCCACUUCUUCCAUACCAUCGUCUUUGCUCUAACUCUCUCCUCUCUCUGUCCAACCAUUGCAGCUAUUUACACCAGUCGGAGGAUUUGAAGCUGAGCAGACAGAGUGAAGCACAUUUCCAAAAAUGGAGGUAUCAAUACUUGGUUGUCCAUUACCAUACUCAAUUAUACCAACGAAUUCUUGUUUCAUUUAUGCUAAAGCUUCACCAACAACAACUUUUGUUAAAGGACCAAACAAAGAAAAACCCAACAAUGCCCAACUCAAACUCAAACAUAACAAGCUUCAGGUUCCUUCAAAAUCUUACUCACCCAGAAAGUCUGCUAUUCUAGAAAUCCAACUUUCCUCUGAUUUGGAUUCUGCUCUUACAAGAUAUGGAGAUGUUUUAAAGGUGCAGGACUUGAAUGCAAUAUUACGACAUUUUGGAAUACGAAAGAGAUGGAGCAAACUUUCCCAGUGCUUCGAUUGGAUGCAACAAAAUAAGAAGAUUUGUCCUUCAUCAUAUAGCAACUAUAUAAAGUUCACAGGAGGGAAUCACAAUCCUGUGGGUGCAUUAGAUGUUUAUAAUAGCAUUCAAGAUGAAUCAACCAAAAAGAAUAUCGUCAUCUGCAAUUCUGUUCUCGGGAGUCUGGUCAGGAAUGGCAAGUUUGAUCACAGCAUUAAGUUCUUUUGUCAGAUGAAGCAGGACGGUUUAACACCAGAUGUUGUUACAUAUAGUACGUUACUUUCAGGAUGUAUCAAAGCUAAACAAGGCUAUUCUAUAGCAAUGGAACUUGUUCAGGAGUUGCAGCAAAAUGGUGUGCAGAUGGACAAUGUUAUUUAUGGGACUCUACUGGCCAUUUGUGCUUCACAUAAUAAAUUGAGUGAAGCAGAAAGGUAUUUUAACCAAAUGAAAGAAGAAGGCCACUCGCCAAACGUUUUCCAUUAUAGCUCUUUGCUCAAUGCAUACUCUAUGUGCGGAGACUAUAAAAAGGCUGACAUUUUGAUUCAAGAUAUGGAGUCGACAGGGUUACCUCCAAACAAGGUGAUAUUAACAACUUUACUCAAGGUAUAUGUCAGAGGAGGUUUGUUUGAAAAGUCCAGAGAACUGCUAGCUGAACUGCAAGCUAAGGGUUUCGCCAAAGAUGAGAUGCCAUACUGUUUAUUGAUGAAUGCACUUGCUAAGACUGGACAGAUCAAUGAAGCUAAAUCAGUUUUUGAUGAAAUGCUUGAGAAAUGCGUUAGCUCAGAUGGUUAUUCCUACAGUAUCAUGAUUUCAGCAUUCUGCAGAGGUGGGCUAUUGGAAGAAGCAAAGCAGUUGGCCAAGGAUUUCGAAGCAAGAUAUGACACAUACGACUUGGUGAUGUUGAACACUAUGCUCUGUGCUUACUGCAGAUCAGGGGAAAUGGAGAGUGUAAUGGAAAUGUUGAAGAAAAUGGAUGAAUUAGCUAUCAGUCCUGAUUAUACUACCUUUCAUAUCCUAAUAAAAUAUUUCUGUAAGGAGAAGUUGUAUUUACUUGCUUACCGAAUGACAGUGGACAUGCACAACAAAGGCCAUCAAUUAGAUGAGGAACUUUGUUCUACCUUAAUAUUUCAUCUCGGUAAGAUGAAGGCGCACGCAGAUGCUUUUUCUGUCUACAAUAUGUUGAGAUAUGGCAAAACCACAAUGUGCAAGGCUCUUCAUGAAAAGAUUCUCCAUGUUUUAAUUGCUGGCCGGCUUUUGAAAGAUGCAUAUGUUGUAGUAAAGGACAAUGGAGAGUUGAUUUCACCACCUGCUAUGAAAAAGUUUGCAACUAUAUUUAUGAAGUCAGGAAACAUCGAUUCAAUAAAUGAUGUCUUGAAAGUGAUCCAUGGUUUCGGCUGCAAGAUUGAUGAGGAAAUAUUUCGAAUGGCCAUAUCACGUUAUAUUAUGAAGCCUGAAAAGAAGGAUUUACUUAUUCAACUUCUGCAAUGGAUGUCCCCACAUGGUUAUGCUGUUGAUUCAUGUACAAGAAACCUAAUCCUGAAGAACUCUCACUUAUUUGGUCGCCAACUUAUUGCUGAAAUACUGUCCAAGCAGCAUACGAUCUCAAAAGCACCAAAAUCUGAUAAAAAACGAUGGAUUGCUCGUUGAACAGUUCGUUGCAGAUCAAACACUCUAGUAGAGAGCUUUCCAGUUGGCUGAUGCAAUAGAUUGUUCUCUAAAAUUUGCACUGGUUUCCCCAUGCAUGAACAAUAUCUUGAAGUUGGCCUGCUGAUGUCACCUACCCAAAUCGUAUAACUUCAUUGCUAUCAUUCUUCUUAAAAGAAAGUAUGACGCUGAUGAAGAUUUUAUCAACAACAUCAGUAAGUAGUAGAGAUUGUGAAGGCGAGUUUAUGUUUACCUAUAGAGAAGAGAGGAAUUUGGAUGGAGUCUUGGGUAAAAGUUGAGAAAUAUGUACCAAAAAUUAAUAAAAAAAACAUUUGAAGAAGAAUAGUGUACUCUACAUUUUUUUUUUUUUGAAAGAUAGAAAGUUCAUUCAACACCAAAGAAAACAUGGGGCAACAGGGGGUGCACCCUCCCCUUGAAAGUGUUUAGCAUCUUGGCUAAACCAUCGACAUAGAUGUUAACAUUCCUACUGAUGUAAACGACAACUGGAAAAAGACUUAAACAACUCUAAAAUCCAAAGGGACACACCCUUGAACCUCCAAUCAGGAGGCAAAGCCAUUAAAAUUGCCUGAGUUUCAGCCUCCAUAGCCGAGAGCGAUUCUUUCUUAAACGACUUUACUUCCCACUUAGCAUUGAUUCUGUUGAUCAAAAGAACGGCCAGACCAGCCAUAUUACUGUCCCAUGAAGUAUCAGUGAUCAUGUAAACCCCAGGAAAUACCAAAUUAGAAGGCAGAGUAUCCUUCCAAUUAAACUGCACUAAAUUGCGAGUAUCCUAGUGAGUGAGGGAAGAUUCAUUGUGCUUUUUCUGCACUCUACAUUUAGAGAUGCAAAAUUGCUUCUAUAAACUAGAUCUUCAUUUUACAUGAGUUUUAUAGGGUUGAUUCCUUAAAAUUUGAAGAAUCCUUUAAAAUAAAGCACUUAUUAAGACACUUUGUCCAAGCUCAAACAUACCACAUAUUGACAACAAGUGAAAAGCAGUUUUGCAACAUAUUAAGUGCAAAACCAGUACCAAUUACAAAGUUUCUCGUUGUAAUAAGAAGAGACAUUGAGAUAAAAAAAAAAAAUCAUUGCUUUCCAUGUGCAUUGUUAAAUCAGAUAAGCCUCAGUAGUUAGUUCCAUUAGCAGUGUUCUUGACUGUUCUCGUAUGAACCCCUCCAAUGGUUGAAAUGCCUCCAUACUCAUAAAAUGAAUAUGGGACUGUGUCCAAGAAAGAAUGCACCAAAACAAACACAGGGGGAAGGACCUGUUUGGUAAUAACUACCUUCACAAGAAGCACCAUACAUGUCAUCUUAUCUUCAACUAUUCUUCAAGACCAAAACUCACUCCUCAUUCCAAUACUCACUACUCAUUCCAAUAACCAAUUCAAUAUAGAGAACGAAGGAGUGAGCAUUGCAAAAAUGGAGUGAGCAUAUUGGUCAAUAGGAAUAGUAUAUUACAAAGGAGUGAACAAAUAAUUUGGUAUUAGUUCAACUUGUUGGAAGCUAGCCCUGGUAUUUAUAUGAUAUAUUAGCACAUAUCAAAGAAAUAUUCAUCAUAUAAUAAACAAAAUAAUGAAGAUUAAAAAAAAAUGGAUUCAUGGAAGCUCCAACAGUGCUGAAUUCUUCUUUUUUCAAUGUUCUGACACUGCCAAUUCUAAAGAAGAAGCUUCUGAUUCCAGGAGUGGGUGGGUAUGUUUCUUGAAGCAUACACUGUAAAUGCAGCCAGCUAUCUUUAGCUGCAACUUCUUUUUGGGUCUACUUUAAAGUCAGAUUCUUUAACUAGGAAAAGCAUCACGAUUCAAUUCUUCGUUCAACUGAAACAUCUUUC